AAUUUGCCAUUAUACUGAUAUGGAAGGCGGGGGUAUCAUUAAGUGAGCUCAUUGCCCACAACACCUCUAGUUUCUAAGGGUUUUCUUCACAGUAUUUGGACUACUUACAAUACUUAACCAGAGCAUAAAAUCUUAUAAUGCGAAUGAAGGAAGAUCAAAGGUUGCUUUAUCGGCGAUAUUUAUAUGAACCGGUAAACAAACCUUCAAAAGGCCUCAAAUAAAAAUGACAUUUAAAAUUUCAUACAAAGACCCUGACAAGGAAGUAUAAACAGACAUGUGUUUACGCCCGUAAUGUCUAGUGAUAAGGAAGACAUAUAUAAGACGAUGGACUACAUACCAAUUUCUAAAAUUGCUUAUGUGUUAGCGAUGCUUGUAGCUUCAAACAAGGGUUCGCCUUCUGCGCGAUGGAAUUGGUUCGACGCUCAAAAUUAUUGUAAAAGCGCAAACUCAACACUGACGAUACAUACUUCAGUACAGGGACCGAGUUACUGGACAGGUCGUUAUCAGCGGAUAUCACACUGGAUAAAACUGCUUGGUUGUUUCGAGGACACGGACGUUUUAAAAUACGCAGAUGAAAAUAUAACCAUGGAAAACAUUACUGCCGGAUUUUGUCAAGGAAUGUGCAUGAAGUCAAAAAAAACUAUAUUUGCAAUAAAGAAUAGAACAUGCCUCUGCUUAAGGAGACGGGUACAAAGAAAUGGCAGAAAUGCCAGUGAAUGUAAUUUCACUUGUGCAAACCAUAUCGACAGCAAAUUCACGAAAGAAUGUGGUGGUGUAAAUGCAUUCAAUGUAUUUAAAUCUAAGAAAGAUAUCGAUUGUUCCAAGGAAUAUUUUCCGGGUGAUUGUUUAGCUAUACAGUGCAUUAAACCGGAUAAUACAGAGUAUUUCUGUAUAAAUUGCACCAGCAGUUUACAUGGAGUUUGCCAAGUUGGAAAUUCUUCAAAUUUGAUUAACAACAAAUCAUAUGAGUCUUGGGAAAACUCAAUGAAAGUAUGUAAAGAUGAUCAUUCUGGUUAUCUUCUUGGAAAUCUUCCAUUAUUAAAUGCCUCAAAAGCCUGUAAGAAAAUUAAUGAAAGUUUGUCUAGCCCUUCAUGGAUCGGAGCUGCAAGACAAAUUUUUCAAAGAAUGGAUCAAGGGAACAGCAUAGAUACUGAAGAGAAAUCAAACUUCAUCAAAUGUGAAAAGUGUGGAGGGAACAAUAGAUGUUCUUUCGUCAACUGUGAAAACGAAAGUAAUCGUGUGGUUUGUUCAAAUAUGAACUUUUCCACUGUAACAAUUUCUCCCACAUCAACAACAACAGGGAGAACAAGUACAGCACAGUCAACAAAAGCAACCACAAAUCUAGAGGAAAUAUCAACAACAACAGAUACAGCUGAUCAUCUUCAAAAUGGCACGUUGAAUCCCGUAGAAAAGAAAACCAUUGGACCAGAGAUAUCAGCAAUUGUUGUUCCUGUUAUUAUCAUCCUUCUUGGCACAAUUCUUGGUGGAAUAGGAUUCAUUUGCUGGAGACAAAGGAAAACAACGAAAGGUAAAGGACCUGUGCCAGAAAAGCCGGGAAGCAAUUUAGCAGCAAAUCAGAAAGAAAAUGAACGCGUUUAUCAUGAAAAGAGCAAUUUUAGCAACAGCAGUUACUUUAUUCUUGAACCUAAAUGCUCCUAUGAAGAAUGCAAAAAUGAUACUCCGCCGACAGAAAAUCCAUAUAUAGAAACCAAGGAGGGAGAAUAUGAUCACCUAGGAAAUAAAAACAGCAGAAGGAAAGCUACAGACUUAGACAAUUAUGAUGAAACAACAAGACAUAGUAGUUUUCAUAGAGAAACAGAGGAAGAAAACUAUGAUCAUCUAAGAAACUCCCCCUCCAGAAGUAAUAUUGCAGAAGAUACCUAUUGGCAUACGUCUCCGAAUCAGUUGGAUAGCUCAUCAGAUUAUGAUGUGGCACAUCACAUGGAAAACAAAGAUACAGAAAAUACUAACGACCACGCAGGCACAGGAAUGCACUUACAAAAUUCAAAUUAUGAUUAUUCAGAGCUUAAGCGUUGACUUGUUUGCUAAAUUAAAAACUCAUUAUGCUUGAACCUGCUUAGACUGUUAAUUAUAAUUUUAAAUCUUAUGUUGUUUUAAUUGUACUGAGAAAGCUCCUUAUAUUGAGAAGUAUGCGAGUUGAAGAUAAAAAUUAUUGUUUUCAAAUAUGUUCGUAAAACUAAUAGGAGUUGGAGUAAGUUUACAUGUGCGUACCUUCUUAAGAAAAUAU